UAAGAAGAGUAUCAGUGCAGCAUAUGGGGUGUUGUAAUGAUUAGGUUCAUUAGCUUGUAUAUUAUUUCAGGAGGAAUGAUGGCUGGAGUUCCUCCAGCAAGACCUACUCAACCAUCGGCUUUGGCAGGUGGUGUUCCACUGGCAAGUUUGAGUCUUCAGCCGAUGAUUCCUGCUCAGCCAUUAAUACCUCUGGCUCCUAUGUCUGCUGCUACUUCAACAUCAGUGGCUGCAGCUGCAGCACCUAUGGCUAUGGCUCCAUCAUCAGUGGCAACUGCUCCCUUAGUUCCUACAGCCAUGGUGCAAGCAGUGUCUUCAGUAGCACAGGCUGCUGCACCUCCUAGUAUGUCUCAGCCUUCACAGAUAGGAGGCAUAGUGGCUCCCAUGAGUGGUGUGAGUGGAGUGGCUCAGGUACCAGUAGCAAAUAUGGCUGUUGUUCCACCAGCUACCUCACCAGCUGUUGCUGUUGCUGCAGUGCAGCGUACAGCAAGUCAAGAUUCUGGUGGGUCCCAGACACCCGGUGAGUGGGCUAUACCACAGGCAAGCAAGCUCAAGUAUACGCAGGUGUUUAACAUGUCAGACAGAGCCAAGACAGGAUACCUCUCUGGUGUACAGUCAAGAAACAUUCUCAUCCAGUCUCAUCUGCCUCAGCAGACAUUAGCACAAAUAUGGGCACUUGCAGAUGUUGACAAUGAUGGACGUCUGUCUUGUGAAGAGUUUGUGCUAGCUCUGUACUUGUGUGAGUCAGCUAAAGCUGGAAACAAGCUUCCUACGGUGCUGCCAGCUGACUUGAUUCCCCCAACCAAUCGUCGCCAGAGAACCUCCAGCAUUCACUCCACUGGUUCAGCAGGCACUCCAGUUACUGAUGUCUUAGGAGGAGCAGUUAAUGAUAACACGUUCGAAGACAAAAGACGAGAAAACUUUGAGAAAGGACAGGCUGAAUUAGAAAGAAGACGCAAAGCCCUCCUUGAUGCCCAGAGACGAGAAACUGAAGAGAGACUUCGCAAAGAACGUGAGGAAGAAGCAAAAAGGGAAAAGGCACGGCAAGAAGCAGAGCGUCGACGUCAGGAAGAACUGGAACGUGAGAUGCAACGUCAACGCGAACUAGAGGCCCAGCGUGAACAAGAACGAAAACGACAAGAAGAACUUAGAGAACAAGCACGCAAAGAUGCUGAACUACAGAGGCAGCAAGAAUGGGAAAACCAGCGACUUCAGGAGUUGAUGAAUGUAAGACAACGUCAGCAAGAAAAUCUAUUAUCUUUGAAAGCAAAAAAUCAGAGUUUGUCUAUAGAACUUACAACUAAGGAGGAUCGAGUUAAAGAAGUGACACAGAAGAUCAGUGAGACUCGGCAGGGAGUGACUGAGGUUAAAGCUACUAUUGAUACAAUGAGAUUUACUCGAGAUACUUACAUGUCAGAUAUGAAUCAACUCAAGGCAGCAGCACGGGACCAGAAUCAGAGGUUAUUAGCUCUGAAUCAGGAAAAGGCUCGCUUGAAAGCACGCAACACAGCUGCAGCUGGAGCUAGCGGCGCUGAGCAAGCAGGAGUCGAUGCUUCACUUACUAGUAAGCAGAUGGUUAUAAAGCAACUGCAGGAGAAGGUUGAAGAACUACAGAAAGAGCUAAAGAGCUAA